GGUAGUUAUUUUACCAUAGUUUAUCUUACACUCAGUUUACAAGGGUUUCAAGUCAGAUCAAAUACCUUUUAUUGCAAUAAAAGGUUGCUCUUUUUGACUUAUUAUUAAACAUAUGAUGUGCAUGAACAAACUUCUCUUGUAUUUCAAAUUUGUCGUGUGAUUGAAACCAAAACUUAUUCACGUGAUAAUGACUGACUUUUAUUUAAUUCCCUUUUUUUCUUAGUAUGCGUGUAAGUAAAGGUGUACAUUAUAGGAACAAGUUUUAAAGCUACAUGGUGCUUGGUAAUAAUUAAUUCCUAGAGGAAAAAAAAUAAGUUUACACUGUGUUUUUGUAAGCUUGGAUGCGAUUUCACACUUUCUUGAAAGAAGAAACGAUUAAACAAAGAUGAUGUUAUAAAUUUCUUUUCUGUAAUCUCAUCAUUGAUGUAUUUGUUGUUUACUAAGAUUUCGUCUUUUCUAUCCUCAUCUAAACUAACAACACCAAUAAAAUAAAGAAAACCAUACCGUUUGGCUCUUUUUUUUUCUUACAAAAUUUUUACAUCAUAUCCCACCUAAAAAAUGUGCGACUCUUGCAAAAGAACCUUCACGCUACAAGAUAUUCAUGAACAACUUUCAAAGGACAAGAAUCGAUGUUUGGUUAUUAUCAAUGGCCUUGUGUGUGAUCUUACUGACUUCGUAGAUGAACACCCUGGGGGUGGGGAUAUCAUUAUCCGAAACAACGGUAAAGACGUUACGUCUGCCUUUCAGUGCUUGCACAGUCGAAAAACCCGGUUCAGAGUUAAUGACUGGGCAAUUGGAACUUUUGUAGAUUCAUUAUCUGAAUUGUCUUCACAUAAUGGCAUCUAUAAACAAUAAAAAAAAAAGAUUUAAAUUAAAAGGUGAAUAGAAAAUAUUCCUUUCAGAUGCAUGUAUUUUUGAAAGUUCUUUACUUGCCGAUAAAAACUACGUAUUUUAUGAUGUUCUCUACAAUAAAGGAAAUUAUAAGUUACAGGUUUAAAAAUCAAUUAACCAUUCAACAUCAGAUUUAUAUAUAUCAUUGCUUUAAGGGGUCAAGGAAAAUUAAGCAACAAACUAUAUCCAGUUUUCGAGGAGCAUACAAUAUUUUACAUAUUUUCACCCAUCUAUCUAUAUAUUCGAAGAAGCGAUUAGUUUUAGACGAUAAUGUAUAAUCAAAGAAAGUGUAGGAAAACCUUAAUUUAUGCAAUGCUGAUAAAUCACAAAUGGGUUUAACUUUCUGUUUUAAUUACAUCUUAAGUCUUAAAUUUCAAGAAUAGGAAAAAACAUCGUUGAAAUUGUCAUGCUAUACUUUGUGUUUUUUUAUGAUUUUGAACUCCUUGACAGAAAUAAUAAUAGACAUACAACUUUUUAAAACCCCACGAAGUCGCUUAUUUUUUAAGUCGUUCAACAAGAUGAGGGUUGGUAUGACAUUGAUUAUGAUGUAGUACACAAUAUAUCCAACAAUGUUUUUCAGAUUAGUGUUAUGGGAAUUUGUAGUUUCUUUUUAUUUAAAGGGUUAUAAAAUAUGGUCUUUUUGAAUAAGAAAAAAAUAUAUAAUAAACUCAAUAUAUGAUGAUUAUCAGCAAAUAUAAUAUCUAUA